UGCCGGUAUUCUGCGAGCAGUCUCAAGUCUCUAAUAGAGACGAAUCUGUGGUGUAAUCUCUAUAGUGACUUUUUGGUAUUCUGACGCGUUUGUCUCAUCUCUAGUUGAGAAAUAUCAGUCUCUAAUUUAUUAUCUGCUUUAAACCAGGUCACAGAAAAACAAGAGCACAAUAAUGGAUGUUGAAAUUGGUAUAAUUUAUGUUAUAAUGAAAAAACGACAGGAAGAAGAGAGCUACACUCGUAGGCGCAAUCUGGCCAUUUUGCGCAACAAAGGAGACCCCUUUCAAUAUGAAGAAAUAACAUUUAGGAAGUUCUUUCGAUUUCCAAAAUCUUUGUGCUGGGAUCUUAUUCAACAACUGAAGCCUUAUGACCAACAGCAAACCUCGAUUCCGUUUGAACUUCGGUUUAUUUCAGUUUUAUAUUUUUUAAGCAAUGGCUCAUACCAGCAUUGCGUGGGAAAUGGAUAUUUUGCUGUGAUGAGCCAACCCAGCGUUUCCCGUAGCAUUGAAAAAAUUUGUAAAUUGGUGGUGGAGCGUAAGUACAACGAAGUGCGAUUUCCUAAUUCUGUUGAAGAAUACAAUAGAGUUAAGACUGGAUUUUAUUCGAAAUUUGGAAUAAAGGGUGUAAUUGGAGCAAUUGAUUGCACUCAUAUUGCCAUAAUUGCACCUGCCUUGUCAACCACAAUUGUGCCGCAUGAUUACAUGAACAGAAAAGGAUAUUAUAGUAUUAAUGUUGAAGCGGUUUGUGACCAUGAACUAAUUUUUCGGCACGUGAAUGCAAAAUUUCCCGGCUCAUGUCAUGACUCCGGUAUAUGGACUACUUCGCCAGCAAGGAUAAAGCUGAUAAGAGAACACUCUAAUGGAGCCUUUAAAUGGCUUUUGGGUGAUUCAGGAUAUCCCUUGGAGCCAUGGCUUCUGACACCGUUGACAAGCCCUGAAACACCAAAUGAACAAAAUUUUAAUAUCAAGCAUAUAAGAGCAAGAAACGCGAUUGAAAGAGCAUUUGGAGUUUUGAAAUCACGCUUUCGAUGCCUUUCUAAAGAACGUGCAUUGCGGUACAAUCAUUAUAAAGCUGCAUUAUUUAUUUAUACGUGUACCAUAUUUCACAAUAUGCUACAAAAACGUGGCAUAUUUAUAGAUGAAACCGAAAUAUCGCCAGAACGAUCACCCCCUGAAGAUGUGGAAAUCCGUUCGGGGGAGUAUUACUCUCGAGGCAGAACAGCACGUCAAAGUUGCAUUAACACAUUAAAUAAUUAAAAUUCUACCAAUAUUUACAUCAAUUCAAUUCAAACUUCAUUUAUUUAUCUAUAAACUAAAAAAACAUUACAUUUUAAAAAGAAAACAAAUAAAUAUUUCAUCUAAUUAUUAAAAAAACAUAACAUUUAAAAAAGUAAAAGUAAGAAAUAUUUUCAUAGACACAUUUUUAAUUUUCAGUUUUUUGUAUUUAUGAUAUUUUGGGUAAGCGUCACCAUGGCUGUCGCUAAAUUAUUUAGCGAUUCGGAGUAUUUAUUUAUGGCCUCUAAAGUUUCAGUCCGGAAAGCUCUCUCCUCCUCACCCUUUUCUUUUAUCAUGGUCAUAACAUUUUCAAACAUAUCGUCCGUCGUUAUUCGUUUUGUUCGGGACGAGGAUGGAGUGCGGUCAAUUGGGGCGUCCGUAGUCGUCACCAGUGGGGAUGAUG